AUGAGUGAGUUUUGGUUGUGUUUCAACUGCUGUAUUGCAGAACAGCCUCAGCCUAAAAGACGACGGCGGAUUGACCGAAGCAUGAUUGGGGAGCCAACGAACUUUGUUCACACAGCUCAUGUAGGAUCAGGAGACCUGUUCAGUGGAAUGAAUUCGGUCAGCUCAAUUCAGAACCAAAUGCAGUCCAAGGGAGGCUAUGGAGGUGGCAUGUCUGCAAAUGUUCAGAUGCAGCUUGUAGAUACAAAGGCAGGAUAAAACUUGGGGAAACCUUUCCAGUCUAUGUGAGUUCCUGUAUCUUCUUUCCUGUGUCCGUUUUUUGCCUUGGUGACUGCUUUCUGUGCUCAUGAUGAGAGAAGUGAUGGCUCAUUGUUCACCCUUUGUGAUUACUCCAGUGAGAAGUUGCUGUUCUGCUCUGAUGAUGCUAUUUAUCAGAUUGGUCUGACUGUGCCUUUCAGUGGCAUGCACACAUUGGCCUCUACCAGUAUCAUGGACAUAGAACUGUUUAGGAUUGUUUUUUGCUUUUUGUUUGUUUCAAGGUGAAUUAAAGCAACAACUUUAGCUUCCUUCAUCCCUCACAAAUACUAAUGUGCAACAUUCUGUUGCUGUUUUGUCUUUAAAUCUUUUCUGCACUCGAGUAAUUUAGAAAUGAGUGAGUUUCCAUUAGUGUCUUCAAUCAUCUAUUGUUCACACCCAUUUUUGAAAGGUCUGGGACCUGCAAGCACAAAAUUAUUUCAUACAAAAUCAGCAGAGUAGAUGAACGCAUGCUUUGUGAGGUUUCUUUGUAUGGUGGCCUGCUUGGUGCUAGAAGAAAAAAAAAAUGCUUACUGCAGACAGGUGAAAAAUUUUGCUGUGGCACCAAGUCAUGCCUGUUUCUGAAAAAGGACUUGUAACUUAGCUGCUUCAGAGUUAUGUCUUUAGUUUUUAUCCAAGUGGUCUUGAAAUAAUAAAGAGAGAGCUUGCAUUCAUGAGGCAUUUGUUGUAAAUGUUCAGUAUAUUUAUUUUGAAAGAGAUGACCUUGAGACUGUAAACCAGUGUAGUACCGUAUCAAAGUGUUGUGGAAGCGCUUUAGUCUAUGUAAAAAAGAAAAGCAUCGUGUUUGGCUGCUUCUUUUUCUUUCUACAGUUUUUCU